GAUUAGGUGCUACAACCCGAUGUCCUACGGAUCUUUUGCCUUACAGCAUGACUGACCGCCAAGAAUGGCAUGCUGUACGACCCGAAGGUCUUGCUGCGCGGAUAUUGAGCGUCACAAUCGGCUUCACCGUCGCCUGCCUCCUAGUUGUUGGUUUAAGGGUGUGGCUGCGAUUGAAGCUAUCGACAUUCGGCACCGAAGAUUAUCUCAUGUGUGCGGGAGUCACUCUCAACAUGGUGCACAACGCUGUUGCAAUGUAUGGAACGUUCACAGGGAUUGGCUCUCCAGACUCGAAGCUGAACACUGCCAUUAUGAUUGAGGGAGCAAAGGCCAUCGUCUUGUGGCAAAUAUUCUAUGUCAGUGGCUCUCUGCUUAUCAAAACCAGUAUCUGCGCAACGCUCGUUCGCAUCGCUACUCGACGCCGAUUUAUUUAUCCAUCUCUCGGCUCUUGUCUUGACCAAACAAUUAUUAUCGCCCUUACAUACGUUGUUUCGGUCAUCAACAUCAUCAACGACUUUGCGGUAGCGAUAAUUCCGGUCCUUAUGCUGUGGAACAUACAGAUGCGGAGGCGACUGAAGGUCUUGACUAUCUUCAUCUUGGGGCUGGGAAUUCUCGCAUCAACCGCGACGAUUAUCCGCAUGCCUUAUUCCUCUGCGUAUAGUAACCCCGCCAACCUUCUUCAUAACGUUGGCAACAUCAUUCUUUGGACCGUGGUCGAGUGCGGUAUGGGGAUCAUUGCUGGAUGCCUUCCCAUGCUUCACCAGCUUUUCAAGGGGCUUGCGAAAGAAGACCAUGACAGCUUACGAAGUCAAGGGCAAGUUCGCCAUCGUCACCGGCGCUGGUUCUGGUAG